CGCCCGCCGCCUCUUUCCGCCCUCGCGCGCCUGCCUAGUCAGCUCGCUGUGAUGGAGGAGGAGGAGGCGGCCGAGGAGCAGCAGCGAUUCUCUUACCGGCAGAGGCUAAAGGCAGCAGUUCACUACACUGUUGGCUGUCUUUGCGAGGAAGUUGCAUCGGACAAAGAGAUGCAGUUCAGCAAACAAACCAUUGCAGCGAUUUCGGAGGUGACUUUUCGACAGUGCGAAAAUUUUGCCAAAGACCUUGAAAUGUUUGCAAGACAUGCAAAAAGGAGCACAAUUAACACUGAAGAUGUGAAGCUCUUAGCCAGGAGGAGUAAUUCAUUGCUAAAAUAUAUCACUGAGAAAAGUGAAGAGAUCGCUCAGGUUAACCUAGAACGAAAAGCAAAGAAGAAAAAGAAGUCAGAGAAUGAAAACAAAGAUUCAUUGGAGCCAGCAGAGGCUGGAGUAGUGGAAAGUGAGAAUUAACCUCUGUCACCACUGGAAAAAGCAGCCUUCAGCAGGUAGAGCCCCCCAAAAUGUGUACUGCCACAAAGGGAAUUUUGAAGAGAGAAGUGGAGAUUUAAAAAAAAAAAAAAAAAUGCUAAGAGGCAUUUUGUGCUGUAUUCUCCAAGUCAUUGACUGCAAAAGCUAGUUGAAAAGAGAACUGGAAACUCUU